AUGGCUCGAGAUGUAACGGAGACGUUUUCCAGUCAUCCAGAUUAUCCGGAAGUUAUGGAGGUCAUGCUGACCAUGGGCCAAAAGAUCGCGAUUACCGUGGGCGGAGGGAUCGACCUGAAGUCGAAGGCGGACCAGCUUCCUGGCUACGUUGCCUGCUGUGAAGUUGUUUAUACGGGCGUGGACGAUACUAGUAUCGAGCGAUGGUCUGGCUGGCAGUCAAGACAGCUCACUGAUCCCCGACUACCUCUGUUCCCUGGAACGAGGGUUCGUGGCUCCCAAGGUACUGGGACCCCGGAAGGGCAAAGGAAUGCACCACACUUUUCAGUCACUGUAUGCAGUGGCGUUCUCAUCAAGAACCAAGAGAACCAACAUAUGAUGACCACGGCAGCGCGCAUUGUUCGCCCAGGAGAAGUUAUAGGAAUGAGGGAGUUCUUCUUACAAAACAGAAUUGGGUUGGCUGUAGAUGAGGUCCCGGGCACAGAUGUUGCUCUGAUAAGGCUAGACGAGGCUAUCGAUUACAAGAACCAGGAUGGGACCACGACAUUUACGCGGCUACUGGGCGAAGAAUCAGAUGACGCGCUCCCAUGGAACUCUAUUGUCACUCUCGCUACACGCUGGCCUCCAUCUACUAAUGGUAUAAUCGUUGCAAAGUCAGUCAGAGUCGUGCGUCAUCCUGCCACUACUUACUAUCGAGUCUAUCACUGGGUUUGGACUGGCCAGCCCGGGGAUGGAAAAAGUCCGAACCCUGUGCCAAGGGACACAAUGAUUGGAGCUGUGGCGAUCAAUGAGACUGGAGUUGUGACAGGGCUGCUUUAUCACAACGAUCACCAUUUUCGGGCAGGCUACUCUGUCAUGUUGAGUGCAAAUGAACUGGUGGAUGCUGGUUACAGUUUAGUGACUUGA